GUUGUUGAGUUUGUUAUGACAAGUCGAGGCCUCGGACUAAAUUAGGAGCAUAGCCCUUGUGUCUGUCCAGGCGAUUCCGCGAUGGAGGGCAUGGACCUGGACCUGGACCAGGAGCUCAUGCAGAAAUUCAGCUGCAUGGGAACAACAGACAAAGACAUCUUAAUAUCGGAAUUUCAGAGGCUCCUCGGGUUUCAGCUAAACCCUGCCGGAUGCGCCUUCUUUCUGGACAUGACCAACUGGAAUUUACAAGCAGCCAUCGGAGCCUACUAUGACUUUGAGAGUCCCAACAUCAGUGCACCCUGCAUGUCCUUAGUGAAGGAUGUGACGAUCGGUGAGGGUGAAUCAGUACCCCCAGACACACCUUUCACAAAGACCUGGAGGAUACAGAACACUGGUGCAGAGUCGUGGCCUCCUGGAGUCUGUCUGAAGUAUGUUGGAGGAGAUCAGUUUGGUCACGUAAACAUGGUGAUGGUUCGGUCUUUAGACCCGCAGGAAAUGACUGAUGUCAGCGUACAAAUGCAGAGCACUGCGUCUCCUGGCAUGUUCCAGGGCCAGUGGAGAAUGUGCACAGCUACCGGUCUUUACUUUGGAGAUGUAAUUUGGGUGAUCCUGAGUGUGGAGGUCGGCGGCCUCCUCGGCGUCACGCAGCAGCUUUCCUCCUUCCAAGCAGAGUUCAACACCCAGCCGAACCGCAGGCUGGAAGGAGACUACAACCCCUUCGCUUCACCAGAGAAGAGCAAGUGCCCCAACAGCAACAACAACAGCCUCCAUGACGCCAGCAGCCACAUGGUGGCAGAGGAACAUUGGCAGGGAAUGGGCCCCGAGCUGCAGCAAGAUCAGAACGGACUCUCACAUAACUCUGUGGAUAUAGUAGCAAACAGUCUACAAAGCAAUUUAUCAGUAGUCUCUUAUAACCAGGGUAUACAGGAGCCCUAUCCCUUUGGCCACUCUUAAAUCAUGGGACUUGUCGCAGUGAAGCAGCACUGAACCGUACCUCUGGAGUCUGCCACACCAACAAGAGAAAGAAAGUGGCUUUAUCAGCAGCUGGCAGAGAGAGUGUGUGGAGAUUCAAAAACUCUUUAUGCAAAGUCCAGCUUUUUUUUUUCUUUCCCGGAUGAACCAGAGGCCAGUGCUCCUGACGUGCAGCUCUACCAACAUCCCACAACCCACUGUAUGCACGUGUGAAUGCUAAGUUAAAGAUGAGUGCUUUGAGUCCUUUUGAGUGAAGACUUCUUUUCUUUCUUUUUUUUUUUCAGAUUUUUUUUGGUGUCAAGAGUGAAAAUGAAACAAUGACAGGAGUGUGUAUUUGUGAAACCGUGUGUAUAUGUGUGUGCAACUGGAAAGAGAGACUUUGGAGGAAAAGCCAUUAAUGUUGCCAACUGAUUCUCCAGUUUCUGCUCUGACUCUUGGUGCAUCGAUCGGGUCUCUCUGAAACAAAACAUCGGAUAUCAUUAUUUACUUUUCUAUCUUCAUUUUAAACUUCAAAUUUUUAUAACAAGGGGAACAGCAACUUCUCCCAAGAAAUACAUCUGAAGCUCAUUUAAAGGCAGUAUGUUUUUAAAAAAAAAAAAUAGCUUGUGUAAGCAGAGGAGUAGUCUCUGUGCUGUAAUGGUACCUGCAAAUGUAGAUGCAGUGCCGCUUUUCUCCACUGGAGGGAGUCGACCACUUCUCUUACCAACAAGACAAUACAGAUAUGAAAAAAAAAAAAAGGCUUAAAUUUAAAUGUAGUGAAAAAACUUUCUAACUACUCUCUAUGGAAGUAACACAAUAAGUGAAAAUUUAUCUGAUUUGUCAUAAAAGUCAAAAAUAAAUCCUUCAGUGGAGGUAGGAUCAUUGCUGGCACAUUCAUUUACACAUUUAUGAAGUUAUAGAAAAUAUAGGCAGAUUAUUAUUAAUGGCAAUAAAGAAGUAUUAGAGAUUCAUUCAGUAAUUUUCAGAAUGUAAGAAGAAGCUUAUUUUUACAUGCUUGCACUAAAUUUAAAAACACACAAAAAAAAGGAACAGGAUUAAUGCACAAUAAGCCAGAAGACAUUGUGUCGGAGCCAUAUGAAUGGCGGCUGAGUCAUAAUUAUACAAGGUUAAAAAAAUUCUAUCUAAAUUUUCAUUUAAAAGCUGUCAGACAUGCAUUUAUCAUCAUAUUAGAUUGAAUGUAUUUGAUGAAUGUAGAGGAUGAUAAUGUAUUUGGAAACAUAUUAAUUUACCCAAAGAUUCAUCAUUGUAUAUUUGCAUUGAAUAUUUGUAUCAGUGUGAUUAUUGUUCUGAAUUUAUCCUGUCUGUUAUUGUUGAUGUUCUGCAUUCUAGUCCUACAAUUGUUCUCAUUUCUCACUGAGAGGUUCUUGAACUGGGUUUGAACAUUAAAUAACAGUUAAUUCAACGACAAUGGCAGAUCCACAUUACUGCAUAUGAACUUGCACUAACCGGCUGAUCUAUGCACUGUGUGAUGACGAGGCCUGUGCGUGCUUUCUUCCUCAGCGAGUACAGUUAAGUCCUGAAGGGUUUAUCACCUCUGUGAUUUUAUCUGUCCUGAGUUUGGACCACCUCGUCAGGUAAACACCGCUCUUUCAUUAAAAUGUGAACUGUUAGCCCCAGGGUAACAGAGCUCUGACAUCAAGACAGUACCAGCCAGUCUAUUCUACAUGUUAAGUGCAUCUCUGGGCUUCUUUCUGUUUCACUCAACAUUUUCUGUGCAAAACUGUCGAUGAUCAUUGUUUCGCCACGCUGCCGGUGUCAGUUCAUCAAGUGCAAAGUGUAUUUUGUUCUGGGUGUAAUGUCUCUCUGAAGUUUCCACUGGCCAGAUUGCAGAAUGAAUCAGUUGGCAUUAGACUCAUACAACAGCACAUUUAUGAGAGUGAGGAAGUGCAAACAGAUGAAAGCUUUUUUUUCCCUGUGUGUUUGACGAAUGUUUGUAUGAUUAAAUUAUCACUGAUAACUAAA